UCUUGGCUCACUGGCACUCGGCUACGUAUUCUCAAAGAUAGGGGAAUAUGGAGGGAAGGAAGUGGAUCGUUUAAAGAACGUGCCUCGCUAUUACGACUAUUCUAAGCUAAGGAAUGACCUCUCUGCCUCUUCUAAUGGGGUUUUGUCACAAGUCAUGGUACAGGGUACCGCCAGACGGCCUCCUGGCUCCCCCUCUCUCUAUUCAGAAGACGCGGGGAUCGAAGGAGCAGCUAGACUAGUUAUAACAACCAACACCAGCAAAGUAUAUAACCAGACGAAUGACAAAUGGGAGGAGAAGAACAGGAGCCUUGAUAACGUGUGUCUCUCGGUUCCAUUCACAUUAACCGACCCAAAGGGUAAUGGGGUGACUGUCGAGAACAUUCACAUGUCACGCGGUUUCCGCUCUAUACUGCAAAUGGUCUAUCAGUUUAAAAGAGAGCCGGAGCAAAGAUCAAUAGGAGACUAUGCUGUUAACAUGACAUUGAGCGAAAUUCCAACAGGAUCGAGAACAAAGGAAUACAUGCUCCUCUAUGGCAGUAUGCUCGCUGGUAUUGGUGAUGCCAUGCAGCAAGGAGGGAGUGAUAUCGUCUUUUAUCCUAGCGAAGUCGGCAAAUCCAUACAGUCCUUGAUUUACGAGAAAGAAAUGAUUGUCAGUUUCAGCAAGUUUAUGACGACAGUUCUUGUACUUGGAGGGUGCUCUAUGAUAUUUAUAGCUUUUAUGCUGCCUUGGAUUAGAGAGAAACUGAGGAGAGAGAGUGAAAGGGACUUGCAAAGUUACUAAAAAAUUAAUAAUUAUUAUUUCGAACCUGCCUUGUAGAUAUAGUGGGCUGGGUUUUGUUUGGAGGUGGGGCUGGAAGCAGGAGAUGACUUGCAAAAUUUUAAUGGCAGGCUUUUUAAAGAGAUUUAUCUCUUUCUUUAUUAGGCGCAGAGAAUCAGAGGGAACUGAUGAGAAAAUGUAUGAAAAUACAACCAUAGAAUACAGUGUCCAUGGCUUGGUUACUGUAGUACAUGUCAUUCCAAACGAGACUGGAACAAUAUGCAAAGACCUCGAAGACAGCAUCGUCAUACCUGAAGGAGGUAUAACGCAUCUUGUAGCUGUAGAAUGCCCACAAUUGUAUAGACUUGUAUUACCAGAUGUUGAAGCUAAUGAUUUGACUCAUCUCAUUGUUGUGCACUGUGGGCUAAAAGAGCUUCCGACUACCAUAUCAGUUCUGUGCAACUUAAUAGUAUUAGAUGUCACUGGAAAUAAAAUUAAAGAGCUACCAGACUCUAUUGGUAGCUUAAAGCAGCUUAAAGAGCUAUACAUUAUGUCAAAUUGCAUUGAGACUCUUUCAAAGCACAUCCUCGAUUUAACAGAACUAGAGAGAUUAGAAGCUGGUAAUAAUCCUAAGCUUAGCUGGCCUCCUCCGUCAAUCUGUAAAAAAGGAUUAGAAACAAUUAGAGAAUAUAUGGUAGAAAGCUUAGAGUCACAGCAUUCUGAUAGAAAGAACGUGCUCAGUGGUAGUAAAGCAUACUGUAAUUCAUUGUUCUAUGAACAUGGGAAAGUACCAUCACUGCAUCAUAUUGUGUUAGAAUUUCUAAUGAGACAGACAGAAGUGAAUGGGCUGCUGAAGGAAGACACGGUAUUGCCACACGUAAUGAAGAAACAAAUACACUUUGCUAAUGAAUUUGGCAAGCCAGUAGUACAGCUAUUAAAGUGUUCAAAGUGUAGAAUGUACUGCACAUCUGAGGAAACUUUUGAUGCUCACGUUUGUAGAGGCAUCGAUGAUAAUAUUAGAUACAUUAAAAAAUAACAAUUAUUCCUAAAAUUUUCUCAAUUUUUAAUUUCAACGUAAUAAAUUUUAAGAAAUGAUUUUAGAC